AUGAAAGAUUCUAUGGAGAUGGGUGAAAGGGUGGUGUUGUUGUUGACUUGCUGCGUCUCGUCCAGGUUUUGGUUCACGCUCUCCCAGGCAUCGCUCCCUAGGACCAACCUGACGGGUACUUUUUCGCCCUUUUGGAUCUUGUUGAUGACUGAGACCAUGGUUUUUGCCAUUUUGGAGGGGGACCCGGGCAUGUAAGCUGGCGGAUCACGGGUGAACAUGGUUAUCAGGG